GGGGAGGGCUGGAUGACGGAGCGAUAGACAGGAGGAAAUAGAAGAACGGCGUAUAAUAAUUACAGAGUCAUGGCUUGAGCGAUGGAAUAGACCUCAGGAUCAAGAAGAACGCGUACUUUAUAUACUUCUGGAAAUGAGAUAUUAACUAGAGCCAAGAUGUGACCCCAUAUGUUUUCAAACUCCUUAGAAAAACACAAGAAUAACAAUCAGGACAUAAAAACAAUCCCACCAUGCACCCCUCCUCUCGUCCCUCUGUGGCCCCACGUUCCCGCAGGUUUGUCAGUAGGCGUACGGAGGUAAAACCAAGCCAAGGGGCUAAGAGGGAGGACAAAAACACGAACACAGCAUCUUCAUCCCCUCGUCGUCUCACUCGGGCACCACCUGAGUCUUCCAGGUUGAAGGGCCCCAGUCAAGGUGCACGAGCACUAGUGGUUAAAUCCAAACUGGUGCGGCCACAGAAGAAUGGUGCUCACGCAAUACCAGCAAUCUCAAAACCAAAAAGUGUACACACUGUUUCAAACAUAGUCCCAGCUGUGGAUCCAAACUGUAAUGAGCCCAGCCUACCUUGUCUGUGUUGUGAUGGCCAUUCACCUCAGGAUAGCAACAGCCUUUUUAAUCACAACCAUAACAACAAUAACACUGUAAACAUCAGGCAACAAAAGAAGCCGCCAAUACCACCACCCCCACAGAAGGAAUUGCCAGUUCCAAAAAAAGACAUCAAAGAAGAUGAUAGUAAGCCAGAAGUAAAGCAACCCCAUGUCAUCCCAGUGGAGGAGAGAGAGGAGGACAAUGGCAAUGUGGAUGAAAAAGAGGGUGGUCAGCUCAAAAAUGAUGACUGUAGUGUAAAUCUGAGCGCUAAUGUUGACGAGAAUGGCAACGGCAAUUGUGAUGGUAAAGAUGGUGAAGAUGAUGAAGAUGAAGACGACGAAGAUGAUGAUACUCUUGUCCCUUCUUGCUGCAACUGUCCAGAUUCCAUGCUGAACUUCUCCCUUACAUCUUUUACUUCAUCUUCAUCCACAUCCAUCAGCAGCUGCUCAGAUCUGGAGUGUGACUGUCCUGAUACAUUUUCAUUGUCAUCCCAGGACCAAGAGGCCACUGAAUGUUAUCCAUCGUCUUGUUCCCUGGACACCAACUGCCCUGCCUUUCAGUCCAGUGUCUUACCAUUGGAUCUCAACACUUCUGCAAGAUCGCCUUGCUCUCCUGAUGAAGGCUAUCCCUCAGCUCCUUGCUCUCCAUGCUCUGACUACAUUGAGAGCAAGGGAUCAGAAGAAGGAAAAUGUAUUAAAGUGGAUCUCCUCCAUUUUUUAGACUCCAUAGAAGAGUUGGGAAAAGUGGAUCUGUUCUACCGCAUUGUUAGGCUGGCACACUGGGAACUGGAUGGUGAGCUGAUUGUCAGAGAUAGGUUGGAUCACCAGCAAAAGCUUCAGAGGGUUAACAAAGAGGUGAAAUUGGCUUAUCUUGUGAAACUUCAGGAGGAAGGUUUAGACUUUGGCGAUGAGGAUAUCACUGGAGUUUUGGAUGAAAUGGGCAACAUUGACAUUCCAUGGAAGUUGUAUAAAAGCAACAAAUCAAGUGAAUCCCAGGAAUUUUCUGAUGCAGGGGUAGAUAUGACAGCCCCUUCUGAUCUUGAUGAAACCCCUGCCUCGGAUUCAUUUGCUCCAUCGCCAUUGGAGCCUCCUCCUCUGCCCCCAAAACCUCCAACGAGGCAUGAGAGUGCCCACCCAGAAUCACACUCUUACGAGAACAUCAGCAGAGAUGUUUUCUCUGUCUCAUCCACUAAUCACACUACUAAAUUCUCUAUAAGUGUCCCUGUUCCUACCUUGCCUGCAUUGUCAUCAUCACCCCAAGCUUUAAAACCUCCUGCCCUUCCUCCUCCUCCAUCACAGCCUGUGCCCUACUUAACCCUAAAUACAGACAGACCUGCUCUCACCUCCCCCACACCACCUAUUCCUCCUCCAAGAAGACGUCAUAAAGCCCGUCUAGAAGCUCAGAGACUUGCUGAGCUUGAAAGAGAAAAGACUCCUCUGUCCCUUCCCCCGCCGAUGUCCAGACCUCCUCCAUUGCCACCUCCACCUGCGAUGUCCUCGCCUCCAACUGUUCCACCUCCACCAUCUCUCCCGCAGCCUCCAUCUUUUCACGCCCUGGAUGUGGAAAUCCGAAAGUUGCUUGCGCUAGCAGGCCUCACCCAAGCUGAAUUGCUUAAACUUAGUCCUGAGUUGGGUGUUUGUGUAGAUAUUGUCCUGGAGAAUGACCAACAGCCAAUUUCUGAUGUCUCUCUGAUUGGAGAAAUCAGUGUAAACAGAAUACAGAAGGAAGAAGAAGUAAAUAAGGGGUUGCAAUCCAGAUUGAAAGAAGGAUCCAGAUUUGGGAAAGACAGGUCUACAGGUGCAAAUGAAUUACAUGUUCUCAGUGAAAAGGAAACUUGUAAAGAUGAACAGAAGGAAGCAAACAGGACAACAUCCUUCACAGAAAUGGCAAGACGUCGUAAGAGAAAUGGUGGACACUGUAAUCAUAGCUGCAGCUGUGGUUUUGGAUCCAAUGUUAGCCUAUCUCCCAACUCAUAUUACAGCACUGAUCUUAGCAAUACAAACAUCCCAAAUAUCAGCUUUGGAAGCUUUGAUUAUACUUCAAUGAUUUCAGAUACCCCUCCUCCUCCACCUCCACGACCAUUGCCCCCUUGUCCACCAAUUUCCUCCAAUCCUCUAGAACUUCCUCCUCUCAAGUCUUGCACUCUGCCUGCCAAUGCAUCUCGCCCAGAUAGGUUUGACUGGCUGAUAGCCUUCACCCCAGAUACUGAGUCGCCACCCCUUGAGAUGCGCAAAUUGUUGAACGAUGGCAUGUUACAAAAAGGCAAAGGUUCAGGCUCAAAAGUCACAACCUUUAAAGAAUUACGCAACAGAAGCAAACAGAGCUCCCAGCCAGCUCCUGUUCAACCAGAACCUGAUCCAACUGUUAUCACCCCAGACCCUGAUUUCCUGUACAACCUCAAAUGGAGAAAAGAGAAGAUUGAUGGGGAUGGCUGGGAAUAUACUUCCCAAGCACAAGCCUCAUUUCUUCAGCCGCCACCCACUCCUGCCUCAUUGUCUCUCUUUAGGGAAAUGUGCCGCCUGAAUAUACAAGAAGACUGCCCAGCAGAACCCAAAGUGUCCCAGCAAAUUGGCUGUUCAGUAAGUGAAGGCAGCCUUAGGACUAUUUGUGAUGACAGAGAUAAAGCUGUUCACACCAAGAAGAUGGAUGAUGAAGACAAAGCGGAAGUUAGGGGAAUGGCAGAUGGAGCUUGGACUUUGGAAACUGGAACAUCAGUGUCCUCACCUCCCCUGUCCCUCUCCUUGACCUCACCUUAUUACCUGCACUCUGCUCCCCUGUCCCAGUUUUACCACAUUGACACUAACAGGGAUCGUGCCGUGACCCAUUGUGAAGGUUCUGUAAACCCGUUAUGCAUAGAUUCCACUUUUGACUGCAGCAAAGAUGACUAUACUGACUCCCUGUUCUGUGCUGGCCCAGAAAACAAUAAGUUAUUGUUCUGUAAACAAGAAAAUGAUCUCAAUGGUAACUUGGAUUCUCUGUACCACCGCUGUAAUCAUGCUGACAGCUUCCUAGACUCCUUAUACAUCUGUGGCCAUGAUCUUGACAGCACAAAAAACAGCUUCUGUCCACAUAACAGUGGAGUCGAUUCAAUCAGAAAUGAUGAAUUACUUUACAGUGAUGCCAGAUACACAAGAAGCAGCCUAAAGCUGUUCACUGACCCUGAACCACCAACUGACAUUAACACUCUCACUGAGGGCGACAUAACGCCGUACAAAAACAUUGACAUGCAGAUGUACAUAGCUAUGCGAAACCUUAAAAAUCGGAGCUAUGCGAACAAAAACAGUUAUAAAGAUGUCGAUUCGCUGUUUGAUUUGAACUCAGACAACAUUGAAGACUCAAAACCACCAAUCAUCCCGUUUUUUGACCACAACAGCAAUGAAAACACAGCACAGAACAAACAGCAGCUUGUAUCUUUCCCUGCUUACUACCUUUAUCACCCUAAAAACUGCCCCUUGCAUAAAGGUGCCCCCCCACGUCUUUCCCCUGUAGGAGCAAUCUCGCCUCCUCACAGGUCCGGGCCUCCAGUUCCAGGCACAGAUGUUGCCCGUCUCUGUUCACCCCUGUUCCCCCGCAGUCACACCCUUCCUGCUCUUGCCGCCCCCCUUUACUACCCUUACCUGUACACACCCCCUGUUCAAGCCCCUCUGCGGGAGCCAUCGGUCCCCAUACUUCACUCUCAGCUGAGUCCACCACCGCUCACUUUGACUGUUCGCAGCUUCUCAUUUGACGGCUCUGAGCAGAAGAAUGCGGCCUGGAUAAGAGAAGAUGUGAGGCCCUCACUAAGUGCUGAAGGGCUGUCUUCUGCCUGCCUGCAAGAAAAGAAAAUUCUUGUCAAUUCUGUCAGUGUGGCAGUGGAAGCCAUUUUGGCUCAGUUCAGUUCGUCCAGGACUGUUGUACAGAAGUUUUACUCAGUAGAUGAGACUCUUUCUGGAGACAGCAGUGUAAAUCCCUGUCUGGGUCGUCUGGUACUGCAGUGCCUUUGCCCAGCCCUGCGUAACCUGCUCUCUGAUGGACUCAAGCCCCACCAGAGUGACCUCAUUGCAGGCAGGAGGCCAAAUUCACCCUGGGGAUUGGUUCAGGCCUCCACCAAACCAGGCCCGAGCUCACAGGCUUUGCACAACCUUCAGACAAAAGUAGCAGGGCUUCCCCAGCUAAAGCAGAGCAGACACAAGUUCAACGCAUUCCUGUUUGGCCUUCUCAAUGUCAAGCUCCUGGAUUACUGGCUUUCACAUCUGCAGUCCUGCAGUGAUGUGUUGGAGACAUAUUACCGCCCCACUUCCUUCAUGCGUCUCUCACUCACUUCCUGCAAGCCUCUUUUUGAGGAGCUUCUCCUCCUUCUGCAGCCUCUCUCUCUUCUGACCUUUAACCUCGACCUGCUGUUUCAGCAUCACCACCUUGACCCCUCCUCCCCAACUCUUACCCCAGCCAGUCACACAUCUGAGAUAUAUAGCCCACCAAAUGAAGACUUCAGCUUCCACUUGUCACCCAAGGGGCUUUUCCGAGGAAGUAGCCAUCAUCUUGGAAGCGUGUUAGAGAACGACCAUGGCAGUUUGGGUUUAGAUCUCCAAUCAGGUCUCACCAGUCACUUUCUUGAUCUGUCAGCCUAUCGGAAUCCAAUUUCGCUGUCGUCAGGUGACACCAAGGAGGAAGCCAGUCUGCCGUUAUCAUGGUUUAAAACGAGUGAGAUCUCCAUACCUCUGAAUGCCGGAAGCCUUUCCCAGCAGGCAGGCCAGGCUCUUCAGCAAGGCUGGGGUGCAGUAGUGCGUUUUGGGGAGCGUUUAGGGCAGAACUUUGGUUUGGCCACAAGCACAGAGGAUGAUAAAAGUCCAAACUCACCAGGAGACUUCAAACCUGGCUUCUCGCUGAAUCCAAAAACUCCAGAAGAAAACAGGCAGCAACCAAGAGACGAUCUUUCCUUGAAAGAUAGUGGAGCUGCUGUUCCCUGGGGUCUGGGACGGCUCUUUGGAGCUUCUAAGAGCCCAAACAACCCACCAGCAAGCAGGCGCCCAUCUCAGUGGCUCUCCCCAGGCGCAUCCGUCCUUUCUCGCAUAGUGAAUCUUGGCCAGGGUUCUCCGCCUGAGGAGAGAGAGCCCCAGAGAAGCAAAGAUAAGGAGGAAAAUGAGAAGGAAGAGAUAAAUGAAAACAGAGAUCAGCCAAAGCCCCUGAGGAUGGUCCGAACUCUGUGUGACCACACAGGCGCUGGAGCAGAGCUGAGCUUCAGGAAGGGGGAAGAGCUUGUCCUGUUGGGAGGCGUGGCCCAUGACUGGAUUCGAUGCCGUCAAGGUCACAGGGAAGGCCUUGUUCCCAUUGGUUAUGCUUCACUUAUCAUGUGACUUAUCUUUAAUAUUGCCUGUAUGUUUGUGUGAAAGAAUAUCAGGGGAUAAUGUAUAAGGAAAAAGACCAUAUAUACAGUAGAUGUAGUUAUUAGUAGCCGUGUUACAUGUUUAUCUGUUCAUCUCUGACUCUCGUUGCCUGGUUUGUGACGUCUGGAAUAUUUUCUGUGAUAUAUAGGAAACUGUAUAAAUCUUAAAUAUAUAUUUAGAUUUGACAAAGAUAUAUAGACAGAUAAACAAUAGAAAUGGGUAAUGAAUAACAAUCAAGUUAAAAAUAGUGUAUUUAUUAUUAGGUGUUGCCAUAACAAUCAGCUCACACAGAAUCUUACUUAAAAAGCUCAGUGCAAAGUUAUGUAUAUUCAUAAAACAGCAUUUCAUUAUAGUUUUAAGUCUAAUAAACUACCAAUUUGCAUAUGCAACCUAUUUUCAUCUGAAACUGUGUGUAAAACCCCUUAAAUUUCUUACCAUAUCAUCAGCCCAUGGCAAGCACCUCUUCAUUAUUGCGAAAUAUUGGUUAUUUUUGGGCUGCGUUAACAGAUAAGUGACAGAUUUACUCCAGUUAACUCUUAAAGUUAUUAUACAAUUAAUGUUUUAUUUUUAUUGAACUGUUUAUUAUAAGAAAUUACUGGCUAAUCAGUGUAAAAACUGCUUGACAAUUUAAAGAAAUAUUUUUUCCUCAUAAUAUUAAUACUUUGUUGUCCUAAUUUGCACACCAACAAUUAUUACCAACAACAUUUUCGCAUCCUGCGCUGCGUUGUUUAAAUAGCAAAUGCAUUUGCGUCCAUUUGUGCGCCCAUGGGCGUGCUGGUCUAACUGAAAGUAGCCUGUGGCAAUAGACCAACUCAAACCUGGUCUAAAGCAAGGCAAUAUUUUUUCUUUGUUAUUUAACCCCUUGGUAUUGCCUGAAGAUGCCCUUAUAUACACCCUUUUAUUAUCCCACUUACCAAGAAAAAACAUAUUCUGUUUGAAAACCGACAUUAUUAUUCUCUUAUCAUUUUUAUUUUAACUCUCAAUAAUAACAGUCAGUAUUUGAGUGGUAGUGUGUAGAUGAUUAUUUUCUAUUUCAUACAGUGUGAUGGCUACUGUGGUAAGAUCUGUAUCACCAUGAGCUUGAUAGUGACUAUGCAUUUUCUGUCCUGUACGGUUUAUGAGGCUUGUUGCUGGAGAAACCAUAUAAGAUUGAUAGCAUUCAUGAUUUUCUUUUCAGUGGAUAUUCUGCAUCUGUAUAAUCCUUUGAAUCAGUUUACAUACUAAACCUGCAUGAGUGUGUAUGAAUGUGUGUAGCAAAUGUCAGGUAUUCAUCAAUACAACUUAUUUGUGUGCACAAAUACUUUCACUGAGACUACAAAUGCUAAAGGAAUAGGCCAGGAUUUUAGUGGCUGUAGUGGAAAAGGUUACUUUAAAUAGUGCUUGGUUAUUGUUGUUCUAUAAAUGGCCCUCUGUUUCCCACAUGUAUGAAUUUUUGACUUGGCACUGCUAAUCAUAAAUAUACUAGACAAUUGAGAGAAUAACCCGUUAGUGUGCCAGUCCGCAAGGAGCAUCACACCACAUAAUGAUAUGCCUUCUGGAUUAUUCCAACCAAUAGCAAAAAAAACAGUGGGCUACAGUAGCAGUAACCAAUUCACAUUGCUGUAAAUAUAAGUAAAAUUAAUGUAUGGGAUUUAUGCAUGUAUGAGUUUGUCAAAGGACAGUUGAUACAGUUUUUAAGAUAUAGUUUAGGAGACAACAAAGUCUGAGAUUUAGCUCCUUGAGAAGUUCGCAUUAUAAUUGGCUUGAGCUUUAAUGUCCCUGUUUUGAAAACAAAGAAAAUAUAAUAAAACCAUAUGGUUUGAGAAGUAAGCAAGCAGCAGGGGUUCGGUAAAAGAAAAAAUAAAUCAUAUUUAGUGUAAUAGUUACCUCACAGGGCAAACUGCAAUGAUGCAUUUUUUAAAAUAAUUAUUAUAAUUAUUUAUUUUUAUUUUUAGUUCUUGUAAUAGUCAUUUUCAUUAUAACUGUGCAUUUAUAAUUGUGACAUUUGAAUUUCAUUAAUAUGUUUUGCAGAAAGAAACAGCUAUGUUGCAUUAUAAAUAUAGAGUGCUUAUUGUUUGUGGUUAAUAUACCAUACUAUUGAUCUGCUUUUAAUCUGUUCCUCUUGUCUAUCUCUCUUUCAAUCUCCUGUGUGUGGUAAUGAGUUGCGUAGCUCUGUGUGGUAAUGCCCAUCACUGGUAGCACACUUAAAGCAUAUUAUAUACUGUACCAACUCUUGAGUUCUGUAAUUCCCUGUGAAUCAGCUCUAUGCAUGUUGGUGUUUGUAAAUAUACCCAAUAAAAUAUUAAAAGAAA